GAGAGCUGCGACGGUGCGCGUUUCGCCUCCAGACUUUUCAGAGUUUCCACUGAACGUCUUCGAGAUGAUCAUUCCUGUAGUGGAUUUCGGCGUCUACAGCCUGAGCGAGAGAGACGCCGCCGGCGAGGAGCUGCAGCGUCUGAGCGAGGAGCUGAAGGCCGCGUUUUCUCAAGUGGGGUUCGCCUUCCUUAAAAACUCUGGGAUUACCCAAGAGGAGGUGGAGCGCGUCAUGGAGUCAUCUAAGAGGUUUUUCCUGCAGCCAGAAGAGCUGAAGGAGGGAUUCAGCAGGACGAGCUUCCCAAACAACCCCAACCACGGCUGGGUGUCCAUGGAGGCAGAGAGGUUGAAUCCCAGCCAGCCUGGAGACCUAAAGGAGGCAUUUAACGUGGCAUCAUUUCACCCCGACAUAAAAUGGCCGUCAUCAGACGCAGUGAGGGACUUCCGAGAGAUCCACACGGCGUUCUUCCAGCGCUGCAAAGAGCUGAGUCUGCGAGUGCUGAGGCUGAUGGCCCAGAGCCUGGGUCUGGACCCGGACGUAUUCCUAAAUGCGCAUCAAUUCAUAGGAACCGAUGAGAACGGCACAACGCUGCGUUCUCUCUACUACCCUCCGCUGAAGAGUGAGACAGUGAAGGAAGGUCAGCUGCGAUGUGGGGAACAUUCUGACUACGGAAGCAUCACCCUGCUAUUCCAGGGCUCUGAGGGUCUGCAGGUCUGCACGCGCGCAGGGGAAUUCAUCUCGACUCCUACUAUCCCUGGAACUGUCCUGGUCAACGUCGCUGACCUGAUGCAGCGCUGGACGAGUGAUCAGCUGCUCUCUGUGCGUCACCGGGUUUUGCUGCCCCCUGUUGGAGACUCCAGCACUCGCCAGUCUUUGGCUUUCUUCGUCCAGCCGGACAACGAGGCCCGAAUCACCUGCUGCGACGGCUCAAACAAAUAUCCUCCCAUCACCGGAGGCGACUACCUUUUACAGCGCUUCAGCGAGUCAUACGGAAAGGACUGAAAAAAAGACGCUCGUCACUCUGCUCAAACUUGUUUUUUUUUUUCAUUCUGCUCAAACAUUGCGCAAACGGCAGAGCGCCCCAUUACAUCAUACACGGAGAUGGUUUCUACGGGUUUCACAGACUCGAGAUGUUUUCAAAAUAAUUAUGAAAGAAAUUUAAGAUACAUAUAUCUACAGACAUGUACAAGUUCCGUCCGGCAAACUGGCAAUAAAUAAAUACUACUUACCCAUGCUAUGAUAUGAGAGAAGCUAAAAUGCUAGCCAGCUAGCAAGGGCAUCUCAGCAGCUAGUUAGCGGUAGCCUCAACAGUCUCAACGCAAUGAAGACCUCUGAGUGCGACUCAAACUUUUGCCUGAUAGAAAAGUUAACAAAUGAAGAAGAAAAAAAAUAUGGAACAAAAAAUAUACUUAAUUUAUGAGAGAGAGAAUAAAUAGUCCAGCCAAGACUAAAUUUAAGACUUAUGAUUAAAUCAAGUGACCUUUUAGAUUCUACAAUGGCUUUACACCUGAUUUGGAUGGAAUAGGAUGUAAAUUACUUUUCUGUUGGCCAGGAAAGUAAAGAAUGCAUUUUAAAGAAACACGUAGGCAAAUGAUGCAAAGACACAAGCAUUACACUUGCUAGGUCAUUCAUUUAAUUAGUAACAGUCAAACCAUGUACACAAUGACAUCAUUCCACAGGACACUAACAAAAAAAAAGAGUUUUACCAGUUUUCUGUUUUGCUGCAAUGUUUAAGUGGUAUAAAAUCAUGAUUAAAUAAAACAAUCUGAAGUCCCCUGAGAAUUAA